CUCCGCGGCGGCGUCGCGGCAGCCGCGCCCGCCCGGCCGUGCGUGUGCGGGGCGGCACCGGCGGAGCCGCGGCCCGGGCGCGCCCAGCUCCGCCACGGCAGCCCCGCUGCAGCGCCGCUGUCCCCGCAGGCAAGGGCGAGACGCGGGGCUGGUCGCGGCCCUGCUGAGCUCCGGGAUCCGUGCGCGGCGCAUCCUCUCGGCUGCUCCGAGACCUUGGAUGGGCAAAGAGAACAAGAUUAAAGUGUUGCUGAGUGUUUAGUGCUACAUCUGAUUCCCUGGUGUUGAAAAUUACAGCUACAGCAUCUCGGAAAAUACAGCUUGAGCCAUGUCGUCACCCAGCAGCAAUUGCCCACACCUGGAAUCAGUUGGUGAGAUAACAAAGGAGGAAUUGAUACAGAAAUCUCAUGGCACUUGUCAGGACUGUAAAGUCGGAGGACCCAACCUUUGGGCAUGCUUAGAGAACAGGUGUACGUAUGUUGGCUGUGGUGAAUCCCAUGUUGAUCACAGUACCACCCAUUCCCAGGAGACAAAGCACUGUCUAACUGUCAACCUUACUACUCUCCGUGUUUGGUGUUACGCCUGUAGUAAGGAAGUAUUCCUGGACAGAAAAUUAGGAUCUCAUUCUCCACUACCAAGUACAAGAUUGUCUCAUCAAGCACAAGAAAACAGUGUGCAGGAUUUUAAAAUACCCAGUAAUCCCACACUGAAGAUUCCAUUAGCAGCUGUAUUUGAUGACUUGGAUAUAGAAGUGGAAGAAGAUGAAUUGAAGACCAGAGGUCUAACAGGACUAAAAAAUAUUGGAAAUACUUGUUACAUGAAUGCAGCUUUACAAGCUCUUUCCAACUGCCCACCUUUGACGCACUUUUUUCUUGACUGCGGGGGCUUAGCCCGAACAGAUAAGAAACCUGCAAUUUGUAAAAGUUACCUCAAGCUGAUGACAGAACUCUGGCACAAAAGCAGGCCUGGAUCUGUUGUUCCUACUGGUUUAUUUCAAGGAAUUAAAACUGUUAAUCCAAUGUUUCGAGGCUACUCUCAACAGGAUGCACAAGAAUUUUUGCGUUGUCUUAUGGAUUUGCUUCAUGAGGAACUUAAAGAACCAGUUGUAGAACUGGAAGAUGCCCAGCCUAUGAGUGUUGAAGAAAGUAUGGAAGAAGAUAAGAGCCAGUCAGACUUAAGCUUUCAGCCCUGUGAAUCCUGUGGUAACUGUGAUAAAACAGAAAAUGACACAAUUUUCAAACCUGUCUUAGAAGAUCCUGCAGAAACAACCAUGUUAAUUCAGGAUGAUGAUAACAAUUCAGUCACUUCCAAAGACUGGCAGAAAGAAAAAAUAUCAAGCAACAAACUUAAACGAGCAAGUUCUAUGGAAGACUUGGAAAAAGACACAAACACUGCUUCAGAGACCACUGAAUUUUUAAAUAACCAAGGAACUGUCAAAGUACAGAUACACAGCAGAUUCUCAGAAUACAUCAAUGAUGUUCACAUGAAUGACGUAUCUGCUGCCCAAACACCAUCCUCAGCUGAAGGGAUGAACACACGCUUAUCAAACAGCCCUCCAAAGUCAUUCCCGUCAUGCUCUUCACUGGCACAAGUCCACAAAAAAGUUUCAACGGUAUCAUCACCAAAAAGGAAGAAGCGCAAGAAGUACAGGAGUGUUAUCUCUGAUAUAUUUGAUGGGACUAUAAUAAGUUCAGUCCAGUGCUUGACCUGUGAUCGGCUGUCUGUAACCCUGGAGACCUUUCAGGAUCUGUCCUUGCCUAUUCCUGGUAAGGAAGAUCUUGCUAAACUCCAUUCUGCAAGUCAUCAGACAUCUCUAGUCAAGGCAGGGUCAUGUGGAGAAGCAUAUGCCCCCCAGGGAUGGAUAGCCUUUUUUAUGGAAUACUUCAAAAGAUGUUUCAGGUUUGUUGUCUCAUGUGUUCCUAGCUGGUUUUGGGGUCCAGUUGUAACCUUACAAGAUUGUCUUGCUGCCUUUUUCGCCAGAGAUGAGCUCAAGGGUGAUAACAUGUACAGCUGUGGAAGGUGUAAAAAGUUAAGAAAUGGAGUGAAAUUCUGCAAAGUACAAAAAUUUCCCGAGAUUCUGUGCAUUCAUCUCAAAAGAUUUAGACAUGAACUCAUGUUUUCCACAAAAAUUGGGACCCAUGUGUCCUUUCCCUUGGAAGGCCUUGAUCUUCAGCCUUUCCUUGCAAAGGACAGUCCAGCUCAAAUCGUGACUUAUGAUCUGCUGUCUGUCAUCUGCCACCAUGGAACUGCCAGCAGUGGACAUUAUAUAGCUUAUUGUCGCAACAAUUUAAAUAACUUGUGGUAUGAAUUCGAUGACCAGAGUGUCACAGAAGUGUCAGAAUCCACAGUGCAAAAUGCAGAAGCUUAUGUUCUCUUCUACAGAAAGAGCAGUGAAGAAGCACAGAGAGAGAGACGGAGGAUAUCAGGGCUACUGAAUAUGAUGGAACCAAGUCUUCUGCAGUUCUAUGUUUCCAGGCAGUGGUUGAAUAAAUUCAAGACUUUUGCAGAGCCAGGACCAAUAUCAAAUAAUGACUUUCUCUGUAUGCAUGGAGGUGUUCCUCCACACAAAGCUAACUUCAUAGAGGACCUCGUUGUAAUGCUACCUCAGAAUAUAUGGGACAAUCUGUAUAGCAGAUAUGGAGGAGGACCAGCUGUUAACCAUCUGUAUGUUUGUCACACCUGCCAAAUAGAGUCUGAAAGAAUUGAAAAAAGAAGGAAAAAUGAAUUGGAAAUGUUUAUACGGCUUAAUAGAGCAUUCCAAGAAGAAGAAUCUCCAUCAACCUUUUACUGCAUCAGCAUGCACUGGUUCAGAGAAUGGGAAGGCUUUGUAAAGGGUAAAGACAGUGAUCCUCCUGGCCCCAUUGAUAAUGCCAAGAUUGCAGUAACAAAAUGUGGCAGCACUGUGCUAAAACAAGGUGCAGAUUCUGGACAAAUAUCAGAAGAAACGUGGAAUUUUCUUCAGUCAAUAUAUGGUGGAGGUCCAGAGAUUAUACUCAGACCACCUGUUCCUCCAGUAGAACCUGAUAUAUUGCAAACAGAAGAGAAGAUUGAAUUAGAAACUCAUGGUCUGUAGCUAUUGAGGAAAAGAUGAACUUGUAAGGAAUCCAGCUUCCUUACAAAAUGCCCAAAACACAUUCCUAAAAGUUUUAUUCUCUUAUCUCUGUUGGAGGCACAGCUCACUGGGCAUUACAUUAACUACAGAAUAGUAAGUUGAAAUAUGUAUUGCAAUUUGUUUAAAUAGCGACUGUUUCUCUGUUUUGGAAGGCAUGUGGUUUGUACAUUUUGGAAUGUUUGGUCCAUGGGAAAAAUGUAAUUUCUGAAUUUUUUGCUAAAGCUCAAAAUCCUAUAAUAUCCUUAGACUUGAAAAACAGGGAAAAAUUUUAGAGAUGUUCAGUAACCCUUCUGAUUCCUGAUUGGGCUCCUGAUAUCUACAAACUUUUGCCUGUCUUAAUUGUACAGUCUUGACAAGCCUAGGUAUGUGAGGAGUAUAUUUUAAAUGGACUGUAAUGAAACAUAAAGAAAAAGGAUUUUCAUUUCCUAAAUGCUCAGGAAGAAUUGUCUUUUACUUUGCACUGUAAGUAUAUGAAAUGGGUAGUAUAUAACAUCCAAAUACUUAUUGUAUUUGAGUGGCUCAAACAUUAGGGUAGACUGAAUAAUGGUUUAGUCAGCAAAUGUCAUAACUUAUUACUACUAAAUUUUACAUCUUAUUAUAGUCUUCUGUAACUCUAACCUGGCUAGUGUCUUUAAUAGUAUAUGUGGCAAAAAGAUUUAGUCUUCUCUAGGGUAACAUUUGAGAGCAUGAAGUGUGAAAUGUAAAAUUAUUAUGGAUAUGAGUGAUAUAAAUUUCAGAAAAUUAAAUUGUCUGGUCUCUUGAAUUACAUUCGUAAGCAUUUAUAUUUGAAGGAUUUUAUUGUAUUGUUAAGAAUUUUCAUUGGCAUGAUGACCUUUAAUGUCAGAAGCUGGAUAAAAUGUAUAUAUUGCAAAACUUUAUUGAAUGAUUCAUAUUGGAAUGCAGAAUGACACUUGCUCAUGUUUUUGCCUGAUAUUGUUACCAAAUAAGCAGCAUUAUUCAAGACUGGAUCAAUAAAAAAAACAAAAUUAACUGUGGAAUAGGCGGGGGGAGCUUUCCUAGAUGUUUUUCAUUUAUUAUAUAAAUACAAAAACUUUUAGAGUAAUGCUGUGGUACUGCUCUCACACCCAUACAAUUAUAUUUUUUGACCAUUUUAAGUUUAGACAAUGAUGUUGACAGUUCUAGUUCUAAAGUAAGAAAAUGCUGACAUAACAUUCCUCUGAGUAAUUUUAUAUGUAGUUUAAAAACAUAUUGGUUUGUAGGACUUCAUGCUAUUCUAGUUAAAAAGCCAUCUAUAACAGCCCUAGAGAAAAUAUCCUCUAACAGUAAGUAUUUGUAAAUGUGAUUUGAUGUUAGUAGAUAAAGCAACUUGAAGCUCAUACCACAUUACCCCUGUAAUGUAUCAAGUGCUUACUACUGACUUGUAUUACUGAUUAAGGUAAAGUUAACUUGCUUAUGAACAGUCAUUAGUAACUUGCUGAUGUUGGCCUGUAAGCUACUGUCUGACUGUUUAAUUUCAAGCCUAUUUAAUGUCUUUUUUUUCCCUUUUUUUUUUUUUUUUCUUUUUUGGCUAAAGUUUUCUAGUUUUCUUUAAGGUUCUUUAACAUAGUGAAGAUAAAGAACAAUGAAUAGAAUAAUUUUUCCUUCAUGACAUUCUAAAUUGGAAACUCAGGAACCAUUUCCUUGCUUAAAGCACAGUACAGUGAUCAAGUUUACAAAUUUAUUCAGUAUUUUCAUUUAUAGUCUGGAUGGUGAACAGACUGGCCUUGUAAAAUUUGUAAGGGAGAAAUGAAUUGAGUGUUAGGGGCAUCAGCUUGUCAGGGAAUGAAGCAGUUCUGUGCUGAGUUACAGCAGAUCAGACCAAGACCUAAGACCCAGUGAUACCAAAACAAAACCUGUUCUGGGUAAUAGUAACAAAAGCAUCAGAUGUGAGGCACAGGAGGUAAUUAUUCUGCUCUACUUGGUGCUGUGCUUGUUGUGAGAUCUCAUCUAUACUGUUCCCAGUUUUGAAUGCUAUAUGAUGAUAAAUAAAAGUUGAGAUUAUUUAAGAGAAAAGCAACAAGACUCUGUUGAAAAAGUAGUUUUGAAAACUCUUAAAAGAAUGAUGAAAAUGCAUGACUUCCAGUGUGUAAAUAAUUGCUGGAUAAUACUGAACAAUUUUUUUCUGAGAUAAGCAAAGAUAUUUGCCUCGGCUUUAGCAGUGGGGACGUGUGUUGGGUUUAGGAAGCUGAUUUCAGAAAUCCAGAAGUCUUCUAGUCGGUCUUUGCUUCUGGGUGUCUGACCAUAGUCAAACAUAAUCUGUGAUGCAUACAGAUCAGUAAGGAGACACUUUACAGCAGCAGAGUUUGUGAAAUGCCUUUGUCACUGUGGAAAAAGGCAUUUUCACACUGGAACUCUGUCAUACUUAGAAUAAACCACUCCCCUGCAUUUGCAGAAAUAAAUAGAUGUGUUUUAAGACAGCUCCAAAGGGAUGACAGUCUUGCUUUCAGCCCUUUGAGAGCUCUACAAGGAGUAUUAUGUCACAGAAAUGGAAGUAGUCUUUUAAAGGAAGGCAGUGUGGGAGAACUCCAGAUGGAUGGCUUGUGUAUGCUGGAGGGAAGGCAGUAAUUCAGAGAGUAGGUAAAGGAGAGGCCUUUACUAGGAAAAGCUGUCAUGAUUCGUAGCAAAGAAAGAAUGCAUCUCAGGAAGGGCCUGUGGAAAUUUAUUUUUUUUCCAUAAACCUUUCACCAGACUAUUUGGAUUUUGUUCAUUUGUUUCAAGUUGAGGAAACACAGCAAUGUGUUUGUGUGUCAGAGAAACUGUCAGUUCAAGAAGGGAAAAAUCCAGUGGACUCCUUGUUGUAGGCCUGGAAAUCUAGAUAUGAGCUGUUAAAAGCCUGCAGUUCCGUCUGGUAACUUGAAUCCUCUCUUCUGGGGAGAACUCUGUGGUGGGUGUCAGGGACUUAGCAGCUCAAAGCUGGAUUUCUCUAAAUUUCUGAACGUUUUUUGCAAGCAAUAUAACUAAUUGUUCAUCUGAACAGUAACAUAGAGGAGAAUGCUUCAGAUACUGUGUAAUGUAGCUGAACAGUAUAAUUGGAGGGAAAAAGAAUAGCAGAAGAGCUACUGAAUUACUCAGUAGCAAAAUAAGGCAGUUUUGUAAUGUGUUUCAAAGGUGAGAGCUAAAUAAUCUGGCUGCUGAAUGAUUUAAACUGAGGCAUGCACAAAGGUGUUAUCAUCCAGGUUGGUCCUGUGUAUAGGGAUACAUAUAUACUUAUGUCUAUUAAUAUAAUUAUACUUACACAUAUUUAUGUGCAUACAUGUAUUUUAUAUAUGAAAAAUGUUAUUAUAAAAAUGUACAUCAUCUACAUCUCCAGUAUCUUAAUUGAACUAUGGCUAGAGUCACUACAAUAAUGAUUUUGGGGUUUAUGCUGGAGAAGUGACCUCGAGUAGCUACAUUUGAUAAAGUUUGUUUGGUUGACACUCAGUUUACUGCUGUAGUGGGUGUCAGCCUUCCCAUCAGUAAUAGCUUGUUUCAAGAUAAGAUAAAAAAGCAUAGUGUUAGAAAUGUGUUUGGCUAUAUUAUAAUGUGGAGGAAGAGGUUUUCAUUUGUGAAGCAAAAGUUCAGUAUGCCCACAGUUCAAUAGUCCUGAAUUUUUCUUAUGAAAUCUAAUGUCAUUUGAUUUGCUAUGCUAAUGUAUUAUUUAAGAACUCUCAGAUGCAAAACUUACAUAGUGACUUGGUUUUUCCAGUACUAUAUAUCCUACUUCUCCUAAAAGCAGAAAGCAUUUAUUUGUAAUGAUACUGCUGACAUUUGACUUUUUUUUUUUUAAUCCCGUUACUCAUAAUAUAAGUUCAUUUGGAAAAGCAAGCCUGGGAUUUUUAAAUUUUACUGAAAAUCUUAGAUAUUAUGUGCUUAAAAGGGACCAAAUGCUUUCUUCAUAUUUGCCAUAUAACUAUUUUAUACUGAACUAAGAAAAUUCUAUUUCAUUUAUUCCUUUUGAAUUCCCUAUAUGCAUCUGGCUUAGUGCAGUCUAAGCAGUUUUCUCACUGAAAACCUUUCAGUCUUCAUUUUGCCCAGGAAAUGAGUAAAACAACUAGGCUUUCUCAUUCUUCCUAACAGAUGGCUUUUCUGGCUUCCCUCUAUACUUAAGCCAUCCAGAGCUGACAGUUAAUAGCAGGAAGCAAAAUAAGACUUCUGGGUUUCUGAAGUCACAGAGAAAGACAAAUCACUUUUAGUGUUAAUUCACAGGAAUUAAUCCAGUUACAAACAAACUUGGUUUAUAGUAGCCUUCAGAAUCUUAGGAGAUUAGAAAAUAGCCUUGUUCAGUAAAAUUUUGGAAGUGCUAUUCUCACUAACAAUGAAAAGUGUAACUUGAUUUCUUGAAUAUGUUCUGUUACAUAUAUAUUACAUAUAUAUAUCUGUUUUAAACAUAUGACUUCUCUUAGGUUAAGCUUCAGGCUAGCUUUAAGCCAUUCAACAAGAUGCCAAGUCUGCUUCUCCAUAGAAAGCAGUGAACACUGCCACAGCAAGAUAAAAUAUGCUUAUGCAUCUCAUGUUACACGUUUGCUUACAAUAGCAGAGUUGUGGAUUUUGCAGAAAGUUGGAAUUAUUUAUUCUGUCUCAAAACUUUUCUCUCUUCUGUGUGUCAGCUCAAACAUGCAGCUAGAAAAAGAGGGUCUGUUUCUGAGAAACACAUCACUGAAGUGUCCAGUAGGUUUUCCACACCUGGACUGAUAGUGGUAUAACAUGCAAAGUCACUCGAUGGCAAGUUUCCACAUAGGUUGCACAUGGUUGUAUGUGUGGGCUUUAAAAAAAUACAGUAAGAACUUGAUCACUGAAAUAGGAUGUUUAUAAGAUGAAUAAGCAAGUUAAAUUCAUUCUCUGUUCUUACUUGUUCAAGAUUGAGUUGAUUAACUAAAACUUCAAGUUCUGAUUGUUGAAUGGACGUGUAAAAAUACAGCUGACACUUGACUGGCUGAUUUAUAUACAAGUAUAAAAUGAACCACCAGUAAAAAACUGGCAUAAUAGGAAUACACUGGUUUGUAAUGCAGUUUUGAUAUGCCUUUAUGCAAUGCUAGUGACUCUUAAAACACUUCUUCCUAGUCAUUGGGAGCAUGGGAGGUACAAAAGUAAAGCAGUCAUCAUCGACAAAAUAUUUUCAUAACGCAAAUCAAGUUGAGAAGAUUUCAUUUCCAAAGAUAUUCCUCCUUCCUCACUUGGAGAUCACAAACAAUUAAUUAUACAUAAAAAAUUUCAGUAAGAUCUGGUUUUGGAAUAACUUAGCACAUGAGAAAGUAAAUCUAAAAGUACUUUGUUGAUAAUAAAGACGGCUGAAGAGAGGAGGCAUUUGAUUCAUAGGUGUAGGAAAAAAGCUUAGAAUAAAUUGUCAGUUGCCAAAAAAAAAAAUAGCAAUUUUUGUUUCAUAUCGGACAGGACACUGCCAAGAGCUUUUUGUGUUCAUUGUUCAUGAACAGUUUUGCUCAGAAAUGAAUAUUUUUGUAGGUGACUAAUUUUUUUCUGUCUGGUGUGUUUAAUGUGAAACAUGCUAAACAUGUUAAACAUUAUAAAAAAAGAUGUCCUGGUUACCAUGGGGACACACUGCUUUUUUUUUUUUUCCCCACCUCCCCUGGGUGUCUGUUAAAAUGCCAAACCCAAAUGAACAUGCAGCACUUGCUCACACUGUGAUGCAUGUUUGUUUCCACCACUGCACACAGUGUCUCUUUAGCACCAGAAGUAAGGUUACUCUGAGAUUUUCAGUUAUAACAAAAGAAAUGCACUCAUGCAUGCCAAAGUGCUAAUGAACUGGCAGCUAUUAAUUCACUUAGACACUAUUUUCAAUUAAGUGUUUCAUGUAGUACCAAGGUUUACAAUUUAACUGUAGAAGCAAGAAAUAAAACAUGUAUUAGCUAUGAACCCUGA